AGGAGAACGAGUUAUUGAAAAAGAGAACCGAACAAUUGCAAAAUUAUCAAAAUUAAGUAUCAGAGAUAUUGACCUGGAAACAUCCGUAUUUUUUUCUAUUAUCGCAAGCGUUCAGGCAAAUUCUUAUUGUGAUAUUUUAUCAUAUGAUUGCCAC